CAUUUGAACCAAUCAGCGGGCAGCACUGUGCAGGAGCCCAACUGCCAUGGCGGAGACAAUGAAGCUGAGUGGAAAUCACUUUCCUGUCACCGAAUCCGCUGAAAUGUCCAGCUACAGGGACUGCAUGCGUGUGAUACUGAAGCUGCUAGCAGACUUCGGCAGAGAGCUCAAAUUAAGUGAUGCUGCUCUGAGAAUAGAAGUCAACGUCGAUGCUGUGGAUCUUCAGUCACCUCCAGGUGCUCACGUGCACAGUUGCUUGCAGAAGCAUAUCACUAAAUUACAGACUGUUUCAGAAAGCUUAAAUACACUGGUGUUUGCGGAUGGUGAUGCAUCAUCCUCAAAAGACAACACAUCAGAUGAAGCUGUCACCUCAUCGUCACUCAAAGAGCAGGCGACUCCGCUGCCUGAGCACGAUCUUGCCAGCUGUGAGGAUGCGGACGGCAAGGUGGCGGCUGAUGACAUCAUGGUUCAGAUCAGAGCCAGGAAGUCAGAGAUCGAGCGGAGAAUAUCUGCAUUUAUGGAACGCAAGCAGAUGGAGAUCAAUGAAAACAAUGUACGCGAGUUUUGCAACGUGAUCGACUGCAAUCAGGAAAACAGCUGUGCCAGAACAGAUGCAGUUUUCACUCCUUAUCCCGGUUUCAAAAGUCACGUAAAAGUUACGCGAGUGGUAAACACUUACGGGCCUCAGACUCGUGGUGGGGGAGGCCAAGGAGAGGCCGGGGAGCACCAGAGGGGGCAGAUGGGAAGAGACUGUGGAAAUGCAGCCAUAGAAGAAAGACUUCACAACAUCGAGACUCACCUGAAACUCCCAACAGCGGGUCCAGUUCCAUUGAGUGUCUACCAGAGACUAAAGAGGCUGGAGGAUCGUAUCCUGGAGUUGGAGGGUCUCUCGCCAGAGUACUUUCAGUCCACGAGUCACCUGCACAAGCGACCAAAGACAUCCCCUGCUCAGGCCUGCAGUCUGACAGAGCUGGAUGAGAAGAUCAGUGCAGUGAAAGCAGCGCUGCUGAAGAGGGUGAAUGAAUUUGGGCCUGGUUAUGGAGCAGAGUGCCCGAUGUAAACACACCCAGCAACCAACGUCCCAAGCACACUAUGUCUGUAAUGCAUUCAAUAUGGCAGAAGAAAAUGCAUUCCUCUAAAUAGUUUUGUAUUAACUGAGAUAUAAUUGCCCUGAAAAUAAAGGUGUUCUUUCCUCAUUGAAAACUUGAACUCGUAAUUUGACGAGUUUAAGAUCUCAACUAGUAAUUGUAAUGUGAUUCUAAUAAGAUUUUCUGUUACAAUUGAUAAAUGAUUAUCAAGCCAAAACAUUUUGUUCGUAAAAUGUUUACUUUUGAAAUCUACAUGAUAAAACCCUGAAAAUGAAAAUGAUGCUUAAAGAAUUCAUCAUGGGUGGGGUUUUUUUCUUUUAUUUCAGUUUCGUCAUUUAAUGUCUAAUGCUGGGAAAAGGCGUGUGUUCAUGUCUGCGUGUGCAAGUGUAAUUGAGAUGAAUCUGGGAGAGCACCUGAUUUAUCUGCCUGACUGCUGUGUGACGAUGAUCACCCCUAAUGGUUGUCAUUAUAACAAAUGACCUGAUUACAGCAUCUCUGUUUGGAAAACAUAUUGGAGACCCAACAAACCAGCAUUAAAUGGGACGCUGCUGCGUUUGA